CAGGUGAAUACCUGUGAAAACAGUGCACGGAGAUACAUAUAACAGAUUUCAAAUAAAAGAAAUAAGAAAUUUAGCAGGAAAAGGAAAAAUCUCAGGUAGCAGGUUGUUUUGAGUCGCGGACAAAGAGAUUGACACCGUGAAAUUUCCAUUCGUUUCAAAGGCUUUGUUCUGAGUGUGACACUUGAACAAGUCAAGAGGUGAACAUUGAAAUUUGAUCUUCGACAAUUGAGGGUAUGAAAGCUUGGAGUCUCAACGUCUGUGUGCUUCCCUUCCUCUUAGUUCAGGUUUACGCUUACGACGCCUCAAAAAACGAGAAAAGAGAGAACCUUGGUUUUCGACCCGUGCACUUCGCUGCAGUUGGUCUGCCUCUAGGGGACACUCCAACCGGCAAUGGAGGAGCGCCAAAAACAGGAGCUUUUAAAAUCGAAGAUGGAAACGUUGUCGGCGCUGGUACGUAUGAGUUUGAACCGGAUGGUGUCGAUGUCGAUCUCAGUCUGAAAAUAUCGAACAAAGCGCCUGGAGCAUCUGGAGGACCUGGAGCAGGCGGUGGACCAGGUGCAGGCGGCGGAGGACCUACUACAAGUCCUGGAGCAGGCGGUGGACCAGGUGCAGGCGGCGGAGGACCCACCACAAGUCCUGGGGCAGGCGGUGGACCAGGUACAGGCGGCGGUGGACCCACAGCAAGUCCUGGCGCCGGUGGAGGACCAGGAAGCCCGAAGCCAGCGCUUUGUCCUGUACCUUGCUCACAAACUAAACCAACUAAACCAACUAAACCAAGUAAACCAACUCAGGUACCUCCUACCAGUGGAAGUACAGCCCCUGGUGGCGUUACACCGGGUAGCAGCACACCGGGUGGCACCACGCUCGGUGGUGCUGCACCGACUGGAGGAGAAGGAGGAGUAGUACCCACAAAAGGAAGCACUGGACCUACAGCUGGAGGAGGAGCUGCCACAACACCACCAGGUGGUGGUGGUGGAGGAUUAGAAGAAGAACAAGCAUUGAGCAAACAUAACGAAUAUCGAAGAAGGCACGGUGUUCCAGAAAUGAAGCUUAAUGCUGAGAUGAGCCAGCAAGCAGCAGCAUAUGCCCAAAAAAUUGCGCAGAUGGGUGCACUGAACCACGCCUCACGAGCAGAACGAAACAAUGACGGGGAAAAUCUGUCCAUGGGUUGCGAUAGUAAUGGUCAAACAACAGCUGAAGCUACUACGAAUUGGUACAACGAAGUCUGUAAAUAUGGUUACGCAUUUGGCCAACCAAGUGGUACGGGAGGAACGGGCCACUUUACCCAAGUUAUUUGGAAGGAAAGCGUCGAGCUCGGAAUUGGAAAAGCAGACAUAGAUAAGAAUGGAAUGAAAUGUUCUUACAUUGUAGGUCGCUACAGACCCGCUGGAAACAUGGUGGGAGAUUACGCUGAAAACGUACCUAAAGGCUCCUUUGAUAAGGCCAAGGACUGUACAGCGGAGAAAAGGUCGAUUCUGCAUUACUUGGCGCCACGCUCAAAGAUACACCAAAAGAAGCGGGCAAGAAAAUCCCACAAACACGAACACUGAUAAUGUGAGUGCAGAGGAGACAAUGCAGAUAAAGAAAUGCCGGGUGCAAGAAUCUUAGCCUU